AUGGACGAAAACUCAACAGAACCAACGACCUUAAGAAAGAGGAUAGAGAGAAUGAAUUGGGAACGUAUUAAGGAGGAUGAGCUGGAACAUGAUUUCGAUUCAAUGGAAGAAAGUGAUGAAGAAGAAGCGUUGAAAAAAGAACAGUAUUCCUUCUCUCACUCCAAGUGUGUUGAAGAAUCCGUCCGAAUUGAAGACAGUGUGGAUUUGUUUGCAACCACAAAUCAAUUGCAGAAAUAUUUGAUCAAGUUUAAAAAAAACCCGGCUUUCCAAUUUAAACGCGAUAAAGAUUUUCAUUUCGUUAAAGAACAGCUUCAAUGCAAUGCAAGAACCAUCGUUAAGGAGGAGUUCAAAUCCAUUGAAGAGACUGUCAUGACCAAUCAAAAUCCAUUUGCUUUUAUCAAGGAAAAUAUUCUCUUUCUUGGAAAUGAAAAAAAGAAGAACAAAAUGUGGGAAUCCACCUAUCAAGUUGUAAUAUCAUAUUUCUUUCAACUACUCUUCUACAGAUCCAAAAAUUUCAAGACAGGAAGCCAAGAACUGCAUGAGCUUAAAGAAAUGAUCAACUCUAUGAAGAACAUUGAUUCUCAAACUACAACACAGCAAGCCAAAAAACUGAAGCAGAACAAAACGGCUCAGCCUGAUUUUUUUUCAACUUUCAAUAUUGAUGGAAAGUCCAAGCAUUGGCUGGUUUCCUUUGUUGUAGAGCUUCAAAGAAAAGGUUUGAAACCAAAGCAAGACCAUAAUGAUACAUUUAAGACCUGUUUAUGGUUAAAAAGUGGAAUUCGUCAAUGGCUCAAUUAUUUAACAACUGAAAAGAAGCUCAGCAUUGAAAAUUGCAAAAAGAUCCGAGUGUUUGGAGCUUUGGUUGAUAAGUUUAGAAUAUGUUUUUUAGAAGGAAGAGCAAGACCUUGUCCAGAGUUAAGAGCUUCCAAUCGAGAUCAUGGAUUACCCAUCUCUUAUGAAAUAACAGCUCUUCCAGUUUUAGAUUUAGCCAAGGACGACAAUUUGGCUGUAGCUACUCAAUAUUUGGCUGAUAUUCAAAGAUUUUACACCCAACUGUCUUUUACUGAGUGCUUGAGUGAUUUAUUUGUUCCAGAAACAAAUUAUACCAAAGAUCUUUGUCAAAGAAUUCCAAAAUGUGAAGUUUCCAAGUAUUUUGACUCCUUUAUCCAAGACAUCUACAAAUAUCCCUUUUCGUCAUUCGCUCAAGCCGUUUCUUUCAUUGAGUCACUGUACAACGCUUUUACUGUGGGAAAAGAAACCUUUGUUUCAGAUCUAAACCAACAGAUGGUUAUUUGGUUUUGUGCCAAAAAUGAUAUUCCAAAAAUUACUGGUGCUGAUCAACGUUGUAAAGACCAAAUGGAAGAUGACGAUGAUUCUUUCAUCCAAAGAAAGACCAAUAGACCAACAAGAUCGAACAAUUCUUCCAGUCCCAGAAGUGAGAAUCGCCAACAGGAUGCUCUUAUGAAUAUUUUAAAGCUUGUUGGUGUUCAAAGAUGCUCAAACGAGUUUAAUAUUUCAACACAUGAUGGAAUUACUUUUUGUACUCUCGCCUGGUGUAAGGAAUUAAGUCAGGAAGUAUUUGUGAAGAUUACCUCUCGAAAGGAGAAUGUAGAGGUGAUGAAUAAGGUGAAAUCUCUUGAACAUGAAGGAAUAUGUAAGAUUUAUAGAUAUGAAGUGAUUGAUUCUUGUUACAGUGCUCGGCUUUUUAUCACCAAUUUUUACACACUACUUGAAAUGGAUGAGAGCAAGAUUAAUGUUUGCGAACUUUAUGUCACAAUUCAAGAGAAGCUUGUUCCAAUAUCAGAAUCAAAGUUAGAUUUUUCAUGCAUGCUCGAGCAAACUUUGGACGUUGUUGAGUUUCUUCACUCCAACAAUAUUGUUCAUUCUGAUCUUUCAUUGAACAAUUUCAUGAUUAGACCUGCAAAACAUGGAAACCCGAAAUCAAGGAUUGUAUUGAUUGAUUUUAAUAAUAGUUUUUUAAAGAAGGAGUGUGGAUGUAUACUCUACACUGGUGCAGAAUUACAACUUUUUAAAUUUCCAUACACUCAUCCAAGAAAGGAGUGGAGAGGAAGUGUUUUACGUGAUACUUAUGCCUUGGGCAUUGUUGUUGCAGAAAUGCUUAAGGUGUUCCAUUUCAAGGAAAAGAGAUUUCGAUUCUAUAGCUCAUCUUUGGAAGAAGCAAGAAUUCAAGUACUUGAUUAUUUAAAAAAAGUCAAGGAUCAAAACAGAAAUUUUGAAUCCAUGUUUAAGUUCGUAGAUACACUUCUGAACAUUAAGGAAAAGCUCUCCUCUUUGCAUGAGGCAAGAAAAAUAUUGACAGAGAGAAUUCUUCAACCAUUAGACUUGAAUCGAUCAAGAACAGAAAAUCCGAAUGUAAGAUUAAUUCCAAAAGUCCAGUUCAUCAACAAUGAUGACAAAGAAAAUCAGAUUGUAAGAUUGUAA